AUGUCUAACGUUAAAAUUUCUUUUAUUGAUGACUCUACAUCUGAUCUUCCAAAAAUUGAAGAAGUGAAAGAAUGGGGUCGUAAUGAUGUUAAAGAAUUUUUGCAGAGUAGGAAAGCUGAAUUAGACAUUAAUGACGAAGUUAUCAAUAUAUUAUAUGAUCAGGAAAUUAAUGGUAAAAGUUUCCUUGAAUUAUCAGUCCAUCUACUUCAAAAUAUAUUACCUCUUGGUCCAGCAAUGAGCAUCAGUAAUUUAAUUAAUAAAGUUCAAGAAGAAGGUUUGCCUUCUUUAAAGAAAAUUGAGAAAAUUGCAAAUACAAUCCCACGAAUGAACACGUUCCCUGUCAACGUAGAAAUACCAUAUAUCGUACCGCCCAAACUCGAAAAGGAUGUAAUCCAAUUGGUUGAAUUGAAUUAUACGAAUAUGAUCUUCAAAAAUUUCCGACCAAAUGAUUAUCAUGGAAUGGUGAUUGCCGGUGGGUCCGGGAUCGGAAAAACUCGUGCCGGAAUUGAAAUAUCUAGAGUUCUUAAGAAACAUCCAGAUUAUCAACCAUUAAUCGCGGCGAAAACUUUGUAUGUACGUCAUGUUUUCCUUCGACAAUUAUGUUCUCCUUUAAAUUUGCCUUCGCAAGCGAAUACGGAAAAUGCGUUCUACCGUGAUGCAAAAGGAAUGCAAUCGCAAGGAGUUGAUCUGUACAGCGAUGAAGAACAGGAAGAGGUCGAGAAUUUGAUUGAUUUAAAUUACAAAUUCUUUCACAAAAGUAAGUACUUGAAUCAUUCAGAAGAUAAUUUAACUGCAGGAAGGGCUUUAGCGCUCGGGAUAGCGACUUACUAUUUUACUGGACGAUGGGGAACGACGGUGCAAAAAAAGAUGCUUAAAAUUGACCGGUCUUUUAGUGAUCUCACAACCGUGAUCAAACUUAUCCGAAGAGAUCUCGGUGCUAUUGAUGACAGAUCACACUUGAUUAUCUUCGUUCAAGUUGACGAGUUCCAGCUUGACCCCAAGCUCACGGUUGCCAUGCUUCGCUUUUUAACGGAAUAUAUCGCGGAAGGCAAUUUCACAAAUGAAAGCACCGUUUUAAUUCCAAUCAUGACUGGUACAUCAUCAAUAUUGAUUGAGAAUAUGGAAGGUUCUGCUACAAUGUAUUCUUUAAGACAUCAUUUUCUAUCUCCAUUGGGAAAAAAGAUUUCUUGCGAACUUGUUGCAAGUUCCGCACAUUAUCAUGCAGCAAUAAAAAGUCGAAAUGUGAUGUAUACAGAGGUGAAAGAGAAUACCAAUACACUUGUGUCUGUAUUAAUUGAUGCUUGUGGUGGCGUUGCCAUUUGUCUGAUUCAACUCGGGUAUUUCUUGGGAAGUUUUUUUCCGGGAGAACUUGAUGCAAGCGAAAAUAUUAAAGAAUUAUGGAAAGAUCUGGUGAAUUGGGCUACAACAAAAUACCAUAAAGCUGUUUGGGAGAAGUGCUUUUUAGGGGAAAAAAACCUAUUGAAAUGGAUGACUUACGUUCAUUUCCAGUGGAAGGUGACACGUAAUACUAUAAUCAAUAGUAUUACGGUUGGAACUUAUGAACAUAGAGGCAUUAUAUUUUUGAAGGGUGAUGAUGAUGAUGAAUUAACUGCAUGUUUUCCUCUGAUCUUCAUAAAUACUAUUGCUUCAAUAUAUAAACUUCGCUUCUUAGAAAUUUUGUUAAACCCCUUGUGUCGAUUGGAUGAAGAUUCUUUUCCAGAUUUUAUCAUGGCUAAACAUUACUCAGGAUACUAUUUGCUGCGGCAGGCAGGUUAUACAACUGUCCAGUUUAGGGAAAUAUACGGAAACUUUGUUCGCGGGUCACAACAGCUUUUGAAUAAAAAUAUCACAAUUCACGAGGACGUCCGACUUUUUUCUACACCGAUAGUACGUCCGAAAUGUCCUGGUGAAUAUUCCGAAUUUGAAAAGCCACAAAUAUCGGAUCGUAAGAAGAUAGAAGUUAUUGCGGAAGGUGAAAAGUACAAAGAAAAGAUUAUCGAUUCCACCAGUGGUAAAUUCAUUAUUUGCAUCGCAAAACGAUCUAAGACGGCCGAUGCCAUCCUUCCUCAUGCAGAUGAACAGUAUAAGUAUGUUGCAGCGCUUUCAUCAGGGCAUCAGCUACCAGCCAGCGCUGUUUGUCAAAUCAAUAUGGAAGUUGUCCUAAAUGAAAUCAAGAAGGCAAUUGCAGUAUUAUGCGGCAAUGACCUUUUUUCUUUUAUCGGUGUUUAUGGUGGGUUGUUGAGAUUCAUUGCAAAAUCACCAGACGAAUUAGAAUAUGACGAAACCAAAGAUGAGAAAGAAUAA